ACUUGGUAAGCACCUGUUUCCACAAUGGCCAUGUCUUUCGCCAACCCUUAUUCACUUGUAGUUCAUAAUAGUACAACUACUUCUCAUCUAUCUAGAAUCUCUUUACCGAAAUCUCUGCCGAUUCAUUUGACAGCUAAAAGGAAAUCAGGUGCUUUCACUGCUUAUUGCUCCGCCGCCGACGCAGCAAAAGAUCCCAUCAAGGAUAAGGAUACCCCUAUUGAAUUGAGAUAUGAAGCAUUUCCUACUGUGAUGGAUAUCCAUGAAAUUCGUGAAAGUUUGCCUCACCGGUUUCCAUUUCUGUUGGUGGAUAGAGUGGUUGAAUAUACUCGUGGAGGAUUUUCAGCUGUAGGAAUCAAGAACAUUACGAUUAAUGAGAAUUUCUUUAAUGGGCAUUUCCCUGGCAAGCCAAUUGUUCCUGGUGUUCUAGUGAUUGAGGCGAUGGCACAGCUCGGUGGCUUGAUUCUGCUGCAACCAGAACUGGCAGGUCCUUGUGAGAGAUUCUUUUUGGUUGGAACUGACAAGGUGCGGUUCAGGAAACCAGUUGUUGCUGGUGACACAUUGGUGAUGAGAAUGACUAUUGUCAAGAUGCAGAAACGCUUAGGAAUAGCAAAAUGUGAAGGCAGGGCAUACGUUGGAGGUGAACUUGUAUGCGAGGCUGACUAUUUGUUAUAUGCUGAUAAGGCUGCAGGUUAUUAAUAUCAAAAUUGUUGAUGAUUUAUUGCUGAACUAACUAAUGUCCCUGGACCUAUAAUUUCUCGUUAUUUUUCUCUCUUCAGUGUAUGCCGUGUGGCAGUCAGUUGAUUUGGCUUUAGUACUCUUAUCUAUAUCUGAAGUGAAUGAAACCAUAAUAUAAGCUUCCUGCUUCUUUUUUUGCUA